GCAGGGAAGAGGCAGGCGAAGGCAGAGCUUGUUCAGCACAACACGGCGCGGGGUUUGUGUUUCCCACAGGAGAGGUGGGUUUGUGUUGCUUGUACUUAUCAGCGGGACUUCUUCUGGUUCUGGUUCAUCCGUUCUUGGCUAGUCUAUGGGGUUCAGAGUUUCACUUCAGUUGCUUGGAGUAGCUCUACAAUUUAUUUCAUCGGUUUAAUACGAAAAACGUAAGCGACCCAAGCGAAAGUGUACAAACAGGAGCGAAUUCCUUCUCGUGAAAAGGAAUCGAAAAGGAUGUUGGCAACGAGGCUGUUGGCUUUUCUGAUGACCCUAAAGAGGGUUCGCGGCGAAUCUGCGGUCGUGAAUAUUGAGAGGAAAAAAUCCCCCUCCCCAUAUCGAAAAGGUAUGCUUCUGAAAAUUUGUGUUGCUGAUUUGAGGUCACAAAUCACAUUUGUCUUGCAAGAAGACAAGGGCAGAAGCUUCCGCCCCAUUAUGGAAGUUAUUUGUCAUGCUGGUGGGCCUCAAGGGGAGCCGUUUGCAAUGCUGAGCACCUAGACCCAUACGCCCCUACCUAGCCUGGGGAUCUGGCCGCAAUGCCCUCCUGCAAUACAGAGCUGAUUUGUGUACGCAAAUCCAGCAUCAGAAAUUCCGCUUUGAUAUGGGGCGGGGGGAUUUUUCCUUUCGAUAGUGAACAAAGGAAGGGCACCUGGAACAACCGUGAUUGUAGCGGGUGCGACAGGCCGCACCGGUCAGCUGAUUUAUGAGAAGUUGCGGACGACCUCUGAGCCGCAUCUGCAAGUGCGCGCGUUGGUGCGAAGUCGCACAAAAGCACGAGAAGUGCUGCAUUGUGACAAGUGCGAUGCCUCCGAAAACAUUUUUGUGGCAGACAUCACCGACGCCGACGGUUUGGAGGCAUGCGGAGUUUUUGAUUCCGCAUCUGUUUCGGGAUCAAUGAUGCUGGUGAUCGCGACAAGCGCUGUAUCCUGUGUAAAACCGUCCUAGCUACCUACCUACCUACCUACCUACCUACCUACCUACCUACCUACCUACCUACCUGCAGAAAGUCCUCGCGUUUCUCUUAAACUUGGACACUAAAACUGCUCUGUGUUCAAGGAUCGCUCUGCAUGAGAACUGCGUUGCGCUUCAUCGGGUUAUAGAGCGCGUCUUGCCUCGACAUGCAAGUUUCGUAUGUAUUCAAUAGAAGCUAGUGCUAGGCCAUUAUUAUUUUUCUGCAAUUGGGACGCUUCUGCACAGCAUGAUUCAUCCCGAAGUGCAAGGAACCGUUUACCGGGAACCCCUCGGAUUGCGUGUAUCCGCCCGGCGGCAGCCCGCGGGAAGUGGAUUGGAAUGGCGGACGCAACCUUAUCAAGGCUUUUGCGCGCAGGUCAAGCGAGAGUAGCAUCAAACAGAGAAGCGCAGCGAACGAAGACCGAGCAGUUGCUGUUUCUGGGGUUGCGGCAGAAUCCGCAGCUGCAACCGAGUAUCCCAGAAAAUAAACGAGAAAAGAGCUUUGACAGCAGGCGAUGCAAAAAUAAAAAAAUGAUCUCCGUUACAUAUUCAAAAAGUAAAUCAGAAGCGGAUGUCUUUAUCCUAUUUCUUUUUGCAUAGAAUAAACUACAAAUAGAAGUUCUUUUCUCUGUUCGGAUAACGAGCGAUCUGUCGUCUUGAUUUCUGCGAUGGGGACCACCGAGCCGGCGUCGUUUCUAGACAAGCUUGGCGAGGGAUGGAUUUCGUUUUACAAGCUCAAUCUGGAAGCUUUCUUGAGUUCCGCGGGCGUACGCAAUGUGAUCGUGAAGCCGUGUGGACUAAAGGACGACAUCGCGGACAACAAGUAUGCCAGGAAAAAACUGAUUUCGUCUCCUAAACUGCUAGAGACUCUGGUCACGAGUCAGCAAUACUCAUCAACGAUAGCCACGCACGACAUCUGUAGCGCGUCAUGAGUAAGAAGACGCACGCAGAUCUUUGAUGCAAUUUGUUGCCGUCCUCGACAUGCAGGAGUAGCAGCAAGAACAAUGGCCCAUUGUUCUUGCUGCUACUCCUGCAUGUCGAGGACGGCAACAAAUUGCAUCAAAGAUCUGCCCUAGUUUUACAAAUGGAGAUAGUGUAGUCGUGUCAGUUUUCUUGCGAUAACAGAAACCUCAAAUUUAUUACCGGCCACGACGACGAGCAUCCGGUUUCCGUUUCUCCAAUCGCUGCCACGAAGAAAACGGGCGUACCUACCAGUAAAGAGACUCGCGUGAAUAUCAGAGAAAUACGUGUGUAAAGUGUAUAACGUAUUGUGUCAGAUUCCGUGCUGCAGAGGCUGCAGCAUGCAAGGAACAGUACGCCGCGUGGCAAUCACACGUACCUCGUACCUUGCCGCUGGAAAUGACUUUUUUAUAAUCAACGCAUUUUGGAUCGCCUUGCAGAGUACAUAUCAACACGGGAACCGGCCUGCCGGUGUUCUCUCAGUCUGAGAGUGGUGCUGUGGUUCUUGUUCUUUCUCUUUGAAGUAUUACUCCCAGAUUGCUUGUUGGUAAUUCCAUGCUGGGCAGCCAUUUUGACUGCAUACGGAUGACGAGGAACCAACUAGCAGACUUGAGCAUUGCAGCUGUGCAGUGGCUGAAACAGCACGACGACCCGGCGGGGUACGGCACCAGUCGGCGAUUUGACGUCUGCACACAGGAUGGAGCGCAGCAGGCGAGCCUCGUCGAUGUUGUGAAUGCCGCUGGCUGGCCCUGGCAAAAUGACACUCCGGAAGACCGGUUGCGCACCAGCUCGCAGCGCAAUGCUGAACUAUUCAACUGAUACCGACGUGGGUCGCUUUAUUUCACAGCGUGAAAACAAGAAUCGACUCGAGCUGAAAAGGACUUCGAGUCUUUAGGCAAGAAGUAGUGCGAAUCAGUUUUGAAAGUAGUCAUCGAGCUGUCAGUUCAUAAAUUGUAUAAAUUACGCAUGUACAACAGCGCAAGUAGAAAGGCAAAGGAGCAAAAAAAACAAAAAAGCAUUAUGGGACGAGAUGACAGUUCGAUCAGAAUUGAUGUCAUUUUAGCAAGACGAUGAAGAUGUAGACUCGCUUUAUGUGUCUUCGACUUUUUUUUUCUGCGCGGUUCUUACUUCCCGCAGAUCUCAGCAGGUGAAAGCGCUCUAUUUUGUCGAUCUCUUUACUCACUUCUUCGCGACAACGCGUAGUUCAACUUCCUGAUGGUGACAUUCCCCACGCGCGCGUUUUAUUUUCAGUAUGG